AUGCACCUCCCCUCCCUGUUCCCCGGCUUGCUGUCUCCCCCGUGCUUCCUCCUGCUCCACAACACGCUCCAUCAUCCUCGCUCAUGUCUCCCUCGUCUUCCUCUCAUCUCUCCCUCGUCUUCCUCUCAUGUCUCCCUCGUCUUCCUCUCAUCUCUCCCUCGUCUUCAUGUCUCACUCGUCUUCCUCUCAUGCGCCUCUCAUGUGCCCCGCAUGUGCCCGUGCCCCGCGUGUGCCGCGUGUGCCCCGCGUGCGCCGCGCAUCAGGAACGUUGGUGGUAACCCGUUUGUGGGCGCGGUGCCUUUCAGCUUCGGCAACCUUGUCAAUCUCCUCUCCCUCAACAUCGCGGGAACAGGUGUUGACGGCGUGGGAGGCACCCUGCCCUCCAGCCUUUCCAGCCUGACCAAGCUCAAAGAGCUGUACGUGCCUGGGGCUGGAUGGGGGGCCACAGGGGGGCGGAAGGGUGUUGGGGGAGGAGAACGUGGGCGAAGAGCGGGGACUAGAGACUAUAUGCGCAAGAACCGCUUCAACGGUCCACUACCAGCCUUCCUCGGCACAUUCACUGACCUGGAGCAGCUACGUCCUAAAGCUAAUUCGUCAUCCUUCACUCGCGUCCCACCUCCUUCCUCCUUCCUCCCAUCCCCCAGCGUGUUCACCCUCCUCUCUUCCGCCUUCCUCUCUCCGCUCACCUCUCUCCGCUCACCUCUCUCCGCUCACCUCUCUCCACUCACCUCUCUCCACUCACCUCUCUCCGCUCACCUCUCUCCGCUCACCUCUCUUCGCUCACCUCUCUCCCCCCUCCCUCCUCCUCCCUCCCCGCUCCUCUCUCCGCCUGCCUCUCGCUGCCUGCUUUUCUCCACCCUCCCCCUCUUUCGCAGGGGGCUGAGGGAGAACGCAUUUGAGGGCGAGGUCCCAACGUUCCUGGGCACACUGGCCCAGCUCACAUGCAUCUUCCUGUCCGACACGCGGCUGUAUGGCGAGCUCCUUGUCAGGCACGCGGCUGUACGGCGAGAUGCCCAGGGCGCUGAAUGGUCCUCCCUGUCUGACACGCGGCUGUAUGGCGAGGUGCCCCGGGCGCUGAAUGGCCUCGUUAACCACCCUGACCGCACCUCCCCCGUACUCCUUUCCACCGUUUCCUACCGCUCACCAGCUCCCUGUCCGACACGCGGCUGUACGGAGGACGCACAAGGAAAAGGAGAGGGGGAAGGGCAGAUCGGAGGGCAGGAAGGAGGGAAGGGGAUGGACAGAGGCAAUGGUUGGGGGGAAGGCAGGAGGGCGGACAAGGGAAGGACAGAGGGAAGGGUAUGGCGUGGGGUAGGAGGGGAAAGGGCAGGAAGACCCUUAUCAUUAUCACCACUUCCUUUACUCGUGGCUCAAUCAUCUGCCUUCUCUCUUCCCCUCCACCCUCAUACCAUCAAUCCACCCUCAUACCAUCAAUCCACCUCAUACCAUCCAUCCACCCUUCCCACCAAACUCACCCAGCUCUCCCACUCCACUCUGCACCCAUCCCGCCCCUCCCGUUCUCCAGGCCCGCUCCUCCCCUUCCUGCGCCAAGUCAAGCAAGUCAACGCAGACAGCAACUACUUCUCAGGCUCAGCUGCUGCACUCCCCUGCUCCGACCUCUUCUCAGUCAACGGCAACUGCCUCUCCUCCGUCCCCUCUCAGUGCGGGGGACAGGCCGCCCAGCAGACCCCUGCAGAGUGCAGCAAGUUCUGUGGGACGGGAGCGGCUAGUGGGGCGUGUAGUGGCAACGGCGUGUGUGUGCCCGACAUGCAGAAGAUGCUGAGUUCACAGGCGUUUGUGCCGCUGGAGGUGUUGGAGCUGGAGGUGCUGGAGCUGCUGGUGCUGGAGGAGCUGCUGGUGCUGGAGGUGCUGCUGGUGCUGGAGGUGCUGGAGCUGGAGGUGCUGGAGGUGCUGCUGGUGCUGGAGGUGCUGGAGCUGGAGGUGCUGGAGGUGCUGGAGCUGCUAGUGCUGGAGGUGUUGGAGGUACUGGUGGUGGAGGUGCUGGAGCUGGAGGUGCUGGAGGUGCUGGAGCUGCUAGUGCUGGAGGUGCUUGAGCUACUGGUGCUGGAGGUGCUGGAGCUGGAGGUGCUGGAGGUGCUGGAGCUGCUAGUGCUGGAGGUGCUGGAGGUGCUGGAGCUGGAGAUGCUGUAG